AUGCCUAGUACCAAGUUUUGGCACGGUGUGCGACCGUGGCCCAAGGACCAGCAGCUUACGAAAUUAUUCUCCGCCGAUUUUGUUGUCGGCACAGUUCUAGUGACGGCAAUCCUCUACAUUACUCUUUCUGCUCUUUACAACAUCUUCUUUCACAAAUUAGCGAGCUUUCCAGGGCCACUGUUAGCUCGCUCAGGACUGACUUGGCGAAUCUAUCAAUCGCAAAGAGGGCACCUGCAUCACGCGAUUCAGAAGGCCCAUCAGAAACAUGGACCGGUGGUCAGAAUUUCUCCUAACGAGCUCUCCUUUGCGACGGUCGAGUCCUGGAAAGCAAUCUACGGGCAUCGCACAGGAGGUGCGCCGACGCCAAUCAAAUCCGAAUUUUAUUCCAUCUACGGUGCCGGGUUUGGAUCCCUGUGCAUAGGAAGCGAGCGCGACCCCCAUAAACAUGCAAAGAUGCGAAAAAUGCUGUCUGCAGCUUUUGCCACCAAAUCGCUGCUGGAGCAGGAGGAAAUCAUCACUACAGGUGUGGACGUAUUCGUCAGUCGCAUUGGCGAGGAGGGUAGCAACAAGAAAGGCAUCAACAUGACAAAAUGGUACGAAAUGGCCACCUUCGACAUGUUGGGUGAGAUGGCAUUUGGACAGUCCUUUCAAAGCGUCAAGAUUGGCAAGCCGCACUUUUGGUCAGAAAUUAUUGUGAGCCACCUCUAUUUCAUCACUUUGAUAGACAAUCUCCGUCGUCUGCCUUUCAUGGCCAGCCUCGCCAGGCUGCUAUUCCCUUCUACUCUGGCGAUGCAGAACAAAAAUUCCCGAUAUGCCCGACAAAAAGUCACCGAGCGUCUUCAGAAAAAGUCCACAAGAAAGGAUUUUUUGUCUGUUGUUGUCGAGAAUUACGAAAAAGGGUCUAUUGACCAGGAGGAAAUGGCGGCUCAUGUGUCCACUCUAACGAUCGCUGGCGCGGAAACCACUGCCACUUUUCUCGCUGCUGCGACGUUCUACUUGCUCAAGAACCCGGAAUGCUACCAAACAUUGCAGAACGAAAUUUCUCAAGCAUUUGCUUCUUAUGAGGAUAUCAACGCGACCAAGGCUCGUCAAUUGCCCUACUUGCAGGCUGUCAUCAAUGAGGCGCUGAGAAUCUACGCGCCCGGAUCGGGAGGUUUCCCCAGGCUGUCUACAGGGAUGAACGUUGGCGAAUUCUACGUACCGGCAGGGGCCGAGGUCAUAACACAUGCAUGGACGCUCACCCAUAGCGAAGAGUACUUCAGUGAUCCCUACUCGUUCAAGCCUGAGCGAUGGCUAGAUCCCAACUCCACGGAUGUAAAGGAAGCAAGCCAGCCAUUCUCUAUGGGGCCGCGUGGCUGCCUAGGGCAGAACUUCGCGUGGAUGGAAAUCAACGUCAUCUUAGCCAAGAUGCUCUGGACCUACGAGUUGGAAUUGCUAGACCAAAAGCUUGAUUGGGUAGCUCAGAGCCAGUUACAUGUCAUGUGGUGGAAGCCGGACCUGAUGUCAAUGUUCAUGCUGAAAGACGGCUACGAAACACAUGGUUUUAUAGUCGUUGGCGAUUGCGAAUACAUCCCUCCAGCCAUGGAGACAAGCUCCCAGGAAAUGCAAAUGCAGCCUCUGCGCGUCGAUCGAGAUGAAGAAGGCAAGAAUCUCGAAGUCGAUAAAGUCAACUUGAGCGCGGAAGAGCUGGCAGUUAUCCAUAGUCAAUUGGCCGAGCAAAGGGAUUCUCCCACACCUUUCAGGUUUUUGUUCAAUUGCGCUACCAAAUUUGAUCUCGCUCUGCUUGCAAUGAGUCUGAUUGCAGCAGUUGGGAGCGGCCUGGCGUUUCCUAUAUCCGAUCUACUGCUCGGCAACAUGGGACAGUCGUUCCGCGGCUUCUUUGUCGGCGAAACAUCGCUCGUAGGCAACUUGCUUGCCAGCUUCGUUGCGAUUGUCGGCUUCACAUAUGCGGGAGAGCGCAUUCUACAGCAAGUUCGACAGCGAUACCUUGAGGCGGUCCUGCGACAGAAUGUCGCCUUUCUUGACACGAUUGGCAUUGGAGAGGUCAAUAAUUGUAUUACCACGGAUACAACGUUGAUCCAAGACGCCAUCACGCUCAAAGCUUGCUUUACAGUGGCCGCGUUCUCCAAUUUCUGCGGCGCCAUCGUCAUUAGCUUCAUCAAAAGCUGGCGACUCGCACUGGUGCUUCUUCCCUCAAUUGUACUCAUCAUGCUAUCCAUGGGAGUUGGGGCUUUCUUUAUGGUGACGAACUCCCAGAAGGCACAGGAGGCGUACGGGCGCGGAGCCAACAUCGCGCAAGAAGCAAUCAGCUCGAUCGCAACAACCUUGGCUUUCAACAUGCAGUCGCCGCUGCUCCAAAAGUUCGAAAAUCACGCUGCUACCACACGUAUCUAUCAGUUCCGGAGUGGCGUGGCUCUCGGCUUCAUGAUGGCAGCUAUGAAUGCAGUCAUCUGGUGGACUUAUGGCCUCGCCUUUUGGGAAGGGUCGAGACUUUUCGUCAGAGGGCAAGUCGAUAUAUCAGCAAUCCUGACCGUCCUUUUUGCAAUUCUUACGGGGUCGUUUGCACUGGGAAAUGUCGCUCCCCAUGGCCAGGCCAUUGUCAAAGGUCUCACAUCGACCAAGAAGCUUUCCGCCACCAUUUUCCGCGCGUCACCAACAGAUCCAAGCUCCAGCAACGGCGACCGUAUCGAGGAUAUUCGUGGCGAGAUUUCACUGACAGACAUUCGACACGUAUAUCCAUCGAGACCAGGCUCCCUAGUUAUGGACGGCGUAAGUUUGCAUUUCCCUGCGAACAAGACGACUGCUAUUGUUGGCCCGUCGGGGAGCGGAAAGAGUACCAUCGUUGGGCUCCUUGAACGAUUUUUCGAGCCUGUGAGCGGAAACAUAAGAAUCGAUGGUCACGACGUCACGAGCCUGAAUCUCACAUGGCUGAGGCAGCAAAUUGGUCUCGUCAGCCAGGAGCCAACCAUAUUCUCGACGACGGUAUUCGAAAACAUUCGCUACGGUCUCAUAGGUACACAACACGAGCACAAGUCCGCGGAAGAUGUGAAAGAUCUGGUGGAGUUGGCAGCCAAAACAGCCAAUGCGUACGAAUUUAUCCAAGCGAUGCCAAAUGGGUUUCACUCGCACGUCGGCAGUGGCGGAUUUCUCCUCUCCGGUGGACAGAAACAAAGAAUCACAAUAGCGAGGGCUAUAAUCUCUGAUCCAAAAAUCCUCCUCCUCGAUGAAGCGACUUCGGCCCUCGAUUCUAAAUCCGAACGACAAGUACAGGCCGCAUUGAACAAUGCCGCGCUUGGACGCACAACCAUCGUUAUUGCGCAUCGUCUUUCUACAAUUGCUAAUGCGGACAAUAUUGUGGUCUUUUCGGCUGGUCGUGUUGUCGAGCAGGGGACACACCGGGAAUUACUUGCACUCAAGUCGCUGUACUACAAACUGACAGAGCAGCAACGCUGCCUUUCCAGUGACAAGAAUAAAGGAGGCGAUACUCAUGACGAACAUUGUUCAGUACAAGAUAAGCUGCCCUCAGUUGAAAAGCAGCUAUCGAGCAACCCGCUGCUCAGCGGCGGAAAAGAGGCGCCCGAGGACGGAAAACACUCCAGUUCCAAUGAGAUAGCAGCUUCGUCCAAGAAGUCCGCCUCUAUUUUGGAAUUGGCCAAAUUUUGCUACCGUCUCAAUCGGCGCAUGCUGCUUCCCAUCUGCGGUGGGUUUUUAUUAUCAGUCAUUGCUGGCGGAAGUCAUCCCACACAAUCAGUAUUCCUGGCCAAAAUCAUGGGGGCCCUUUCUUCACAGCCUUCCGAGUUUGGUCACCUCCGCAGCGAAGUGAAUUUUUGGAGUGCCAUGUAUCUCCUAAUCGGAGUUACUACCAUCGUUGGACUCUUAGGGCAGGCCCUUUGCUUCGUUUUCUACUCUGAGUAUCUGACCUACCGGGCUCGUUGGCGCACUUUUGAUACGAUCCUUCAUCAAGACAUGGCAACUUUCUAUCUUCCUGCAUACUCCACGGCAAACCUGUCUAUGCUAUUAUCACACAGCGCGAUGCAGCUCCAGGGCAUGGGUGGAGUGACAGCCGGAACCAUAUUGAUCAUCUUGACUAUCAUCGUCGCGGGCAUCAUCCUCGCUAUCUCAGUUGGCUGGAAAUUAGGGCUCGUAUGCACAAGCACGAUCCCGAUUCUGUUCGCUGCUGGUGUCAUGCAACUCAAAUCGCAAGCACUCUUGGAAGCUCAAGCAAGAAAGGUCCACGAAGCAUCAGCCCAUUUUGCCUGUGAGUACAGCACCAGUAUACGUACUGUGGCCGCUCUUACGCUGGAGAAGAAAGUGCUGGCGGAGUAUCGCCAGGUGCUCAGUGGAAACCGGCGCAAGUCUUUGCUAUUGAUUGCUCAAUCCUCUCUUUUGUUUGCCUUCUCCCAGUCUGCUGUGUUUCUCUCGUCUGCACUCACCUUUUGGUACGGCAGCCGCCUAGUGGUGCAGGAUCAUUACAGCAUCUUUCAAUUCUACGUCUGCUAUACCGCGCUUGUUGCUGGAGCUUAUUCAGCCGGAGCCAUCUUCACGUUUGUUCCAGAUAUGGGCAAAGCAAGUGCUGCCGCUCGGAGCAUCAAGGACUUUCAUGAUCGGCAGAUCCUUCUUGAUCCCAGGGAAGAAUCGGGCGAAAGCGCUGCGGCAAUGACUCCGUCUGUGCAGUUCGACAACGUCUCGUUCAGCUACCCAAACCACAAGGGUAACCUUGUCUUGGAUAGGGUGAGCCUGACCGUGCAGCCUGGCCAGUUUGUUGCUCUGGUAGGCGCAAGCGGUAGCGGCAAAAGUACAGCGGUAUCUCUACUCGAACGAUUUUUCGAUCCCGAUGAAGGACACGUCGUAGUAGGAGGAAAGAAUAUCCAGAAAUGGAAUCUGAGAGACUACCGCAAUCAGCUAGCCCUCGUGGGCCAAAUGCCCAUCCUGUACGACGGCACGAUUCGGGAGAACAUCGUGUUAGAUUCUACUGCAGAAGUCUCGGAGCAACGAGUACAAAAGGUCUGCAGAGAUGCUAAUAUUUGGGACUAUAUAGUCUCGCUGCCUGAAGGACUUCAAACGCAGGUCGGGGCCAGAGGCACGAUGCUUUCUGGUGGACAGAAGCAGAGAAUCGCAAUUGCAAGGGCGUUGCUGAGAGAUCCCAAGAUUCUGCUGUUAGAUGAGGCGACGUCGGCCCUUGACUCAGAAUCCGAGCGAAUCGUGCAAGCGGCAUUAGACGAGGCCGUGCAAGGCCGAACUACCCUUGCAGUCGCCCAUCGCAUCAGCACGGUGCAACGGGCAGAUUGCAUCUAUGUGCUAGACCACGGUCGAGUCGUCGAAAGUGGCACGCAUCAGCAGUUAAUAUCAUUAAAAGGAAGAUAUCAUGAGUUGGUUCAGCUGCAGAACAUCGAUGAGCAGUAG